GGCCAGAGCAGAGCCCAGGUGUCCUGAGCAUCUGGAAAAGCCCCAUGUCCGGGCUCCUCCUACCCGACCUUCCCAUCUGGGAGACCCCCGGACCCCCCCAGGGAGGUGAAGCCCCUCGUGUGGAGGAGGAAGUGAAAGUGGCUGCGCCGAGGGACUUGGGGAGGGGGAGCGGGCGGUGGAGCCUCCUCUCUGGGGGUGACUCCUGGGGGGCACGAGCCCGGUGGAGACCGGGAGGCUCGGGGUGCAUCCACAGUGGAUGCACCUGCAGUUGGUGCAGGUGUGGGGCUGGAAGCUGCCAAGGAGGCUGCUUUGCUGGAGUGACCUGGAGGAGGGUCCCCGCGGGAGGUUCCCCCCAGGAGGGAACCAGGAAAGGCUGUUCUGUAGAAGAAGAAGAAGAGGAAAAUACGGAAAUUAGGAUAGGAAGGCUGAGCUGAAGGAGCUGCUGUGACUGAUGCUGGGAGGGGACAGGCAUGUCCCCCCCACCCCAGCUCCUCCUGGGCUGGGGGAGGAGGGAGCAGGAGGUGGCUUCUCCUGCAGACUCUCAGCAGAUCCAGGCAUGCCUGGAUUACACUCCAAGUUGGUGCUUCCAGCCAGCAGCUGCCUCCCAGGGCUGAGCAGAAAUACAGGUUUAAUGGGGGAGGAGGAGGAUGGCGAUUACACCUCGAGAGUGGCAAAAGGAGAGGCUGGUUCUCCCUCCUGCCAAGAUCCCACUGGGGCAGCGGGGAGAGCCCAGCAGCAUUCCCGGCAUCGGUGGCUGCGUUUCCCACGGGGCAAUGACCGCUCCGGAGUAACCUCGUCCCUGGGGCCGUGCGGUUUCUCGGAGUCUCUCAGCUCCACCUCCGCCUCGGCUCUCGCCGCGCGGCCCAGGCCCGUGGGGAACGCGCUGCCCGCGGGGGCACCUGACGCGAUCCCCUGUUUGCGUUCGGGGACGAGGAGCCAGGCCUGGGUGGACGGGCUGGCCGGGGUCCCACCGGUGCCUCGGCCCCUCGGCAGGGCUGUGAGACACCGGCUCUGCGGGAUCUGCUGCCGGAUCAGGCCUCGGCCCCGGCCGCUGCCACGGAACCGGCAGCGAGGUGACUGUUCCCAAGAUGUCCCUCUGGAACAUCGUGUCCCACAUGCCACAGGAGGAGUUCAGCAGCCUCUCCCCAGAGUUCCCCCGGAGCCUGCGCUGCCUCCUGGCCGACUGGCUGGAGAACCAGCCCUGGGAGUUCAUCAAUGGCUCGGACGCCUUCUGCACCAGCGUGGCCAGCAGGUUGUUCUCGGCCAUGCUGGAGAAGCUCCGCGGCGCUGCCGGGCCUGAGGGGCAGCAGUGCCAGGUCCUCCAGCAAGUCAACGGCCUCGAGGUGUGUGGGGACCCUCGGGAUGGUCCCCCUGUGACCCCCAUUUCCAGGCUCGUGGGCAACGAGCUCGUGUGGACUCAGCGAGUGGCUUUUUGGGGUGUUCCAGAUGACAGAGGGGGGUUGUUUGUGUCCCAGGGCUGUGACCUCAGCUCUGCAGACCAGUGGACCCCAGGGAGCUGCCACAUCCCCCCCAAAACAGACCCUGACCCUGUGGGGAACCUCCUGAGCCCCUCAGCCCCCCAUGGCCCCAACUGUCAACACCAGGGGCCACUUCACCAGAUUCUUCCCCAUUUUCUGCUCAAGCAUCUGAUUUCUCCUUCCUCUGUGCCGUGUGGGGCUGCGUUUCCUCCCGUCAUGGGCACUGGGUUUCGCUUUUGGGGCUGUUUCUCUUAUUGGGGCUGUUUCUCUUGUUGAGGCUGUUGGAAUUGCUCUGUUCCUCUCCCACCCUCUGAUUUAUCCCCCCUCUCUGGCCAGCGGAGCUUGGAACGCCAGGGCUGAGCAGGACUCGCUCCCAGAGCCCUGUUCAGGUUGAAAACUCUGCUCUUUGGGUAACAGACAUUUUUAAUAUCCAACAUUUGGGAAGGGAUCAGCUUUAGUCACAACUUCUGGGGAAGAGGAUGACUUUCCAGAACAAGACUCUUGCUUUUUGCAAUGGCUGCAGGAAACAAGCAGAUGUUUCAGCUCCUGCUGAAGCAGAGCUGCCCUCCCAUGUUCGUGUUCCCUCCUCUGCCCAUCCCUCAUCCCAGAACACCAAUCCCUGGUUUCUCUGUGGCUGUUCCCCUCUGUUGGUGCUGCCGUGGGCGGUGGGAGCCGGGUGCUCCCCAGGAUGGGUAACCACAGAGUCAGGGGUGCAGGGAGGAGCCAAACCCGGGCCUUUUGCACCUUGAAUCCCACGUUUUCCCUGGGGGAGCCCUGGGGGCUGCCAGUGCUGCACUCAGACCCCCGUGGAUCUGCAGCAGAGCUGCCUCCCACCAGGACAGGAAUGCACCGAGCACCCACGGCUGUGCCCCGCUGGGUUCUGCUGCUGUUUUGGGAAGUAGCUAAUUUGGGAAAUGGGUGAAGGCCAGAGGAGCUGGCAUAGGGCACAGGAGCUGGAACCAGCAGGGGAAUUCCUCCCUUUCCGCUGUUUUCAGUGGAAAGCAUCGAUCCACCCAGGGCAGCUCAGAGCCUCUCCCAGGUGUCAGGCUGGAAAGGCU